AUGGGAUUUUUCAAAACUUACUUUGCAAAGUUGGAACGUUUCAAAAAUGAGCGAACUGCAUUUUAUUUCUUCGAAGCUGCGCUCUCGAGUUGCAAUCGUUGGGGCUAUCUUUGUGGCUUGUCGAUUCUCAGUCCUGAUUACAAAGUUGUGAAUUUUCGGUUGAUUUACUUGACACUUUUUAACAUAAUUUUCACCUUUGUCAACAUUUACUCGGUUAUUCAACGAACUUCUUUGGGCAUGGUUGAAGUUUUUAUCAGCUCUGUGACGAUCGGGAUGACGUUGCAAGGACUCAUUAAGCAAUACACUUUUGCUAAACAUCGAAAGGAGAUCAUAGGAAUUACGGAAUCGGGAAUUGCUCUUUAUAACGAACUGCAAGGCGAAAAAAUCAAAAAAAUAGCUCGAGAUAUUGCAUUUUAUGGAUGGAUGUUCAUCAUGCAUUUUCUGCGAUACGCUUACAUUGGGGCUGUAUUUCUCGCUGUUUGGGCUCCGAGUAUCUUGAGCUUUUUCACGGGAAAGCCAAGAGAACUUCCCCUUGAAAUUGAGUUGCCCUUUAUCGAUAAAAACACGGAGCAAGGUUAUUGGAUCAAUUUUUUGUAUAUUUGUAAUGCGGCGGCUUAUGAACUUGUCGGAUUGCAAGCCAGCGAUGGAUUUUAUUUGGCUUUGUUGUUGAAUGCUUUUACGCAAUUGGAGAAUAUUUUCUUUGAAUUGGAGAAUUUGAAUCGAUUGGUAGAAAAUGAGACGACAAAUGAUCCAAAGGAAGUUCGGGAAAAAUUGAAACAGGUCUUGAAGUUGCAUCAAAAGUACAUCAAGUUCAUACAACAUUUGAACGAAAUGUUCUUACCUUACUUUUCGGUCAAUAUUGUUACGAUGGUUUAUCAAAUUGUGGUUGCCUUAUUUGUAAUUGUAACUGUCAACACGAAAAUCUGCGCCCCAAUUUUGGUUUUUACGGGAACAAGUCAACUUUUUAUCAUUUGCGCUGUUGGAACAGCUCUCGAAUCUAAACAUGAAAAACUUGUUCGAGCUACUUACGAUAUUUGUUGGUACAACAUGGAAAUAACUGAACGGAUGAAAGUCAAAUUGAUGCUUCAAGCUACUCAACAAGACAUUUACAUUGAAUACUUGUUUGGCAGACUAAAUUUGCCACUUUUCAUGGAGAUUUACAAGAAAAUCUAUUCUGGAUUGAUGAUGUUGGUAAAUCGCGCUGAAUAA